AAGACCCAGACGAUUGAGAAGAGGCCACGAAACCAACAGGAGAAGAGCGAAGAGAAGAUCCAAACACACUCAACUCUUCCAUCAAUUGAACGUGUGUCUUCAGAACUGAAAGAAGCUGUCAAAAUGAAAGGCGUCCAAUAUCUCGCUGGUCUUCUUCUGCUCCUCUUUGUUCAACACAGCAUCUGUGUCCCACUGCAAGAUGACAGCACAAGCACAGAGACAGUGGAAAGUCUUCUGGCGAGGGGUAAGGGAUUCACGACCGCAAAGAGACAUUCUGAGGGAACUUUCUCCAAUGACUACAGCAAAUACCUGGAGACCAGGAGAGCGCAAGACUUUGUUCAGUGGCUCAUGAACUCAGAGAAAAACGGUGGUUCGGCCAAACGUCACGCUGAGGGAACCUACACCAGUGACGUCAGCUCCCACCUGCAGGACCAGGAGGCCCAGAACUUUGUGGCCUGGCUAAAAUCCGGACAGCCCAAACAAGAUGUUGCAGGCAGCAGAGGUGCUAAUUUGCCGCGCAGGAGGCAUGUAGACGGCAGUUUCACCAGUGAUGUUAACAAGGUCUUGGACAGCAUCGCUGCCAAGGAGUAUUUACAAUGGGUGAUGAACUCUAAGACAUCAGGGACAAGUGGCAAACGUGGCGGAAAUCAAUGAGGAACCAGUGGGCUUUCCUGUGAGAGCUAACAUUUGGAUCCUGAUGGGGUUCGAUCAUCAAAAUGAAUGAAAGCCAUAUCGCUUACAGGCAAAAUGGAUCCAACUCUUGAAAUCAAAAGUCAUUUUAUUUUAUUUUUUAAAAAACCUUUGAGCACUGUGGUUGUUAUUUAUUUUCCCUUAGUGUUAAAGAACAUCGUGUAAGUUGUAACAAAAAAAAAUAUUUUUCUAUAGUUUUGAACUAUUUUCUAUGUGUGCGAUAAAAACAAACUCAGGUGAAUCACUAACACUCAGGUAAAAAGUGAAAAUUUACGUGUGCCACCACUGUAUCAAAGUGCCAUUGAAAAUGGUGUCUUGCUCUGCAAAAUAAACAUUUUCAUAUUCCA